ACGCAGGUGGGGGUACUCUUAUAGUGUGAUAAUAAUACGGAACACUCUCCGAAGCAGAAAGCCUUCUCUCCGCCGACGGCCAGUGUGCUUUUUGUCCAGUGUCGCCGGCUCUAGCCCUAAGCUCAAGCAAGGCGGAGGUAGAGGCUGAGAUGAAGGUGGUGGCGCUGGUCAGCGGCGGCAAGGACAGCUGCUUCGCCAUGAUGAAGUGCAUCCACUAUGGCCACGACAUUGUUGCAUUGGCGAAUUUGAUGCCCGCUGAUGAUUCUGUCGACGAGCUCGACAGCUACAUGUAUCAAACUGUUGGCCACCAAAUAAUCGAAAGUUAUGCAAAAUGCAUGGGCAUUCCUCUGUUUAGAAGACGAAUACAGGGAUCAACAAGGCACCAGAGCCUUAGCUACAGACGGACUCCUGGAGAUGAAGUGGAGGAUAUGUACUUUUUACUGAAAAGGGUUAAACAGCAGAUACCUUCGGUCCAAGCUGUGUCUUCUGGUGCUAUUGCCUCUGACUAUCAAAGGCUUCGGGUGGAAAGUGUCUGCUCAAGGUUAGGGCUUGUUUCUCUGGCCUAUUUAUGGAAACAGGAUCAGUCAUUGCUCCUUCAAGAAAUGAUUGAUAGCGGUAUCAAGGCCAUCACGGUGAAGGUUGCUGCAAUGGGGUUGGACCCUGCAAAGCAUUUGGGGAAAGAAUUAUCUAUCUUGUUUCCAUAUCUUCAUAAGUUGAAAGAGCUGUAUGGGAUAAAUGUUUGCGGAGAAGGAGGGGAGUAUGAAACUCUGACGCUUGACUGUCCCCUUUUCAUCAAUGCUCGGAUUGUGCUUGAAGAAUUUCAAAUUGUGCUGCAUUCUCCAGAUUCUAUUGCUCCAGUUGGCAUCCUGCAUCCUUUGGCUUUUCAAUUGGAGGAUAAGGCAGAAUCGAGUUUGUUAGUCAUCCAUCCUGGAGCCGAUGAUCUCUACCACAAGAGAACUGGUUUAGUCUAUGAAGUUCAAGAUGACGGGCUCGAUGGAUGUGAAGGAAAAUGUGAAUCUCUUGGUGAUGCCACUGCUUUAGUUGAUGCCACAGAGGAUAGGCUUCGGAUUUCGGUGAAGCAAAAGACCCAGUUUUCUAUUUCUUGCUGCUUGCAGGAUCCAUGUGAAGCUUCCACGGCAGGAUUGCAAGAGGAUCUGAAAGAUGUCUUGGGGAAAAUUGAAGCAAGGCUUGUUUGUUAUGGUUUACAUUGGAAGGAUGUCUUCUAUAUUCAUCUCUACAUUGCUAACAUGGAUGAGUUCGCUGUGGCAAAUGACACGUAUGUCAAGUUUAUCACACAGGACAACUGCCCUUUUGGUGUUCCAUCCCGUAGUACCAUUGAAGUUCCCCUUUCACAAGUUGGUUUGGGGAAGGCUUACAUUGAAGUUUUGGUUGCAAGUGAUGAGAGUAAAAGAGUUCUUCAUGUUCAAAGUAUUUCCUGCUGGGCACCGAGCUGCAUUGGACCAUACAGCCAGGCUACCUUGCACAAGAACAUACUUCAUAUGGCUGGGCAAUUGGGGCUUGACCCUCCAACCAUGAAUCUUUGCAGCGAUGGCCCCUUAGCUGAGGUGGAACAGGCACUCCGAAAUAGUGAAGCAGUAGCAAAAUCAUUUGGGUGUUCGAUAUCCACUUCCGCUAUUAGUUUCGUCAUUUACUGCUCCGCAAAUAUUCCAUCAUCAGAAAGAUGUAAAAUUCAGGACAAGCUGCAUGCCUUCCUGAAGCAAAUGGGGUCAUCUUUUGUAGGCAGACCUUCUGCUAAGGUGCUUGAUCCUGUUUUUCUGUAUGCCCUGGUGCCUAACCUGCCGAAGAGUGCAUUGGUUGAAGUUAAGCCCUUACUUCACAUACAAGAGGAUGCGGAAACUAUAAGUCAAGGCACUCCUUCGACAAGGAUACCAAGUAGUUGGAGUUUUCAGCCUGAAAGUUGGCAUGAUUCUCUCAUAGAGAAAUGUGUUGUCGACGAAAGGUUCUGUGCAGUAAUCUUAUCCAUUACAAGUGAGGUUGUUGUGGGGAUUUGUUCUGAUGCUGAUGAGAAGAGUCAAGACCACGAACUUAACUUUUCGAAGAGAACAAUGGAGAGAAUAUCAAGAUUUUGCAUCUGUCUUCUUGAUAAGAUUCUCAUGGAGCACAGCUUCUCUUGGGAAGAGAUAAUGAACCUAAGGUUCUAUUUCCCAACGAGACUUGGCAUGUCCCACAAGACCUUGUCAGAUAUCUUCAAGAGCGUGUUUACUGAGCUCAUUGAGACUGGUCAGAAUGUAAAUGCAGAGGAACCCAUGUUCAACCUUGUUCCAGUCUUAGGCGCGGGAAGAUCUGCUGCCUCCAUGGAUGAUAUACUAACCUGUGAACUGUUUGCACAAAGAUUCUGAUCUGAGGUUGAGUUCGGGUACCCGUAUUCUUUUAUCUCAAAUAAGAUUUUCUGUGCAAAUAAUCAAGAGAUUAUUGGAUGUUUUUUGUACGGGGAAGGAUUUGGAGAACCGACAUUGUCUUUUAUAAUCUUGCUGUAAGUUGGCAUGGGAGGCAGGUAGGAUUAAGGGAAUGACAUUUAUUUAAGGAUCGCUGUAAUCGAAGAUUAUAUCUCGGCAUUGCCUGAAAGUUAGAAAGAAUCUUAGAAUAUGGUCCUGAACAAUCUUCACAGUGGUGUUAUUUUAAAUUCUAUAGUUGUCUCCAGA